CCUUGACGACCACCUCUUGUGAUCUGCAGUCAGAUAAAGAAAACAUUGGCUCCCUCGCUCUAGCCUUGCCUUCAUCAAUCCACCACAAUCCACUGCUCGCGACCCUCCGGAGCCCAUCGUGAUCCUGACCACCAACUACCAAACCCUGGUCCCCAGCAACAAACAGCCUAGCAACCCGUUUGAUAGUCUCACACCACCACCACCACAACCACAACUACUACCACUGCCACUAUCACCAACAUUUUCGCCCUCGCUGUAAUUUCUACCCACUGGUUCGCACCUGGCCCUGUAUCCACGACAUCCUCGCCAUUGACACGGCCCAUGAGCAGCCGCAUCUUGGUCCAACAUGAAGGCUGCUCCUCUCCUCGUCUCCUGGCACAAUGAAAACGCCCCGAUCUACUCUGCCCAUUUCGAGCCACAUGGAAAGGGCCGUCUAGCAACUGCUGGCGGAGACAACAAUGUUCGCCUCUGGAGCGUCGAGACGCAUGGCGAAGAGCGCAAGGUUACGUAUCUGUCGACGCUCGUCAAGCACACACAAGCCGUCAACGUAGUACGAUGGUGCCCCCGCGGCGAAAUGCUGGCCAGCGCCGGUGACGACGGCAAUGUCCUGCUCUGGGUCCCUGCCGAGAACCAGACAACACACACAAACUUCGAGGAAGGCCUCGAGGACAAGGAGACAUGGCGAGUCAAGGCCAUGUGUAGAUCUAUAGGCUCCGAAAUCUACGACCUUGCCUGGUCGCCAGAUGGUGUCUUCUUCAUCACGGGCAGCAUGGACAACAUUGCCCGCAUCUACAACGCUCAGACUGGAACCAUUGUGCGACAGAUUGCUGAGCACAACCACUAUGUCCAAGGUGUGGCUUGGGAUCCAAUGAACGAGUACAUUGCGACGCAAUCGUCCGACCGAUCUGUACACAUUUACACACUGAAGAACAAGGACGGCCAAUUUUCCCUGGCCCAGCACAGCAAGGUCACCAAGAUGGACCUGCCCGCACGACGAGUAUCUUCGAAUAGCCCUGCACCACCCGACUUUGGUGGCCGUGCCUCAUUCGUAGGUGAUUCACUGGCAAUCGGCUCGCCUGUGCCCUCAAUGCCUGGCACACCACAAUCGCUCGCCCUGCCGACCAUGCACCCGCCGCCAACCUCACACAGCCGUCGCUCGUCAUUUGGCUCCUCGCCCUCCAUGCGCCGCUCUGCUUCGCCAGCUCCAUCUAUGCCCCUGCCCGCUGUCAUGCCCAACUCUCCCAGCAUUGGUAGUAUCGGUACUGGAAUCCGGAACGUACCCAUCUACUUCAACGAGACACUCACAUCCUUCUUUCGACGCCUUACGUUUGCUCCAGAUGGAAGCUUGCUCUUCACUCCGGCAGGCCAAUAUAAGGCACUGCACCCGUCUGUAGGCGAGGCGAAGCCGGCGGAGGACAUUACCAACACCGUCUACAUUUACACUAGGGCCGGUCUGAACAAGCCUCCAGUAGCGUAUUUACCGGGUCACAAGAAGCCUUCGGUUGCUGUGCGUUGUUCACCUGUGUACUACACCCUACGUCAGACGGCUCCUCCGACAAGACAAAUCACCAUUGACACCUCCAACAUGGACGAUGAGAUCCCCUCUCUGCCUGAGCCCGUCAUGCCCUCAAAGCCUCCGACAUCGCAUUCAUCAAUGGACCCGCCGCCCAUUACAAGUGCCCCGUCACCCUCACCAAGCGUUUCAGCACCAUCGCCCAAGCCUAAUGAGAACGACGCAUCUGCACCAACCGCGCCGCCCGCUGGGCCUGUGUCUGCCUUUACGCUGCCUUAUCGCAUGAUUUAUGCUGUUGCAACACAAGAUGCCAUCCACAUUUACGAUACGCAGCAGCAGAAGCCGCUGUGCAUAGUUAGCAACUUGCACUUUGCUACUUUUACAGACAUCACCUGGUCUAACGAUGGAUCCAUGCUGCUCAUGACAUCCUCGGAUGGUUUCUGCUCUUCGAUAACAUUCGCUCCUGGAGAACUGGGUGAAAAGUACACAGGACCAUUGGCUGUCCAUAACAGACAGCAAAAUGUACCUGCCGCCAUUAACACAGCGGCCAGCCAGGCAUCCAAUCAUUCCACUCCAACACCUACGCCGACGACUGGAAGCAUGUCAGCAACAGCGACAGCAACAGCACCUCCAAUGCAAAGACAACCAUCUGCAGGUUUCCCAGCAUCUCCGAGCUCUUUUGUUCCCGCAAGACCAGGCAGUCCAACAAGAAGUAACUCAGUGUCUAGUAUCGCUACAGCCUCGUCCUUUGCUCCUGGAGCGGGAGAUCAAAGCAACAUGAAUGCACCAACACCAGUCAUGUCGUCAGUGCCUAGCAUUGCAGCAGCUAACUCUGGGCCGGUUCCUAUGUGGACACCGCCUCUUACCCCUGCUCAUGGUCAGGGUGGGUCGCAUAGCGCCAGUAGCUCAGUCAGUGGUGUUCCACACGUUGGCCAGGUCGGACGUAGAGAGAGCGAAAGGAGCGAAUGCGAUCGUGACGAUGGAGCAGCACUGUCUAAGAAACGAGAUCUCAACCCUGUCGCAGAGGCUGAGACGGAAGACGUGCGAGAGAACAAGAGGCGGAGAAUUGCGCCAACACCUGUUGAGUUGACAAUGGAGGGGGAGGAGGCGAUUGCGAGCACCGAGGAGGAGCAAACACCUGGUCAAUAGUAAUUGUUUGCCGGGUUGAAUUUCCUUUUCUAAAGCUUCUGCACUGCUUAUAGCGAUUCUCUAGCACGGCGUUUGGGACAUGGGCCAGGAUUGCGCAAUCAGCCACGACGCUGAGUUUGAGCAACGUGGACAUGGGGCUUUUCCACAUAUUGGGCGUUGUCUGACAGUCAUUAUUUGUUUAAUAAGAGUUCACUGUACGAAGGUAUGCACGGCCAUGUUUGGAGCUACGGGGCCAGAAUGAAAGCAGAUACAUAAUCAAGUAUUUAUUGCAAGGCUUCGAGGAAGGGAGGAAGUCCGGAAGGAUUACCGUGUAUCUCCAUGGCAGAUGUACUAGCGCCUUGCUUGCUGCAGUAUGGUUUGCUUUUUACCAAGAGAUCCAAGACGGAUCGGCUCAAUCUCUACCC